AGUCCGAUUCAUAUUCCAAAUACAUAGCGGCAAUGUCUUCACCAUUUUAACAUGAUUCAAAGAGAACAUUUCCCAAGCAGUUUUAUAGUAGAUCAGCAGACACGAAGCGCUUUGCGGACAGGCUGCACAACUUGCAGUUGAUAGAGAGUUUGUGCUGAAGUCUUAUUUUAAAUGUUUAGGCAAACGGACGGUAAACCUAUGACACCUCUAGUGAGCUGGGACCGGUGCUGCAGAUGGGCGGCAUAGGCAGGAAUUUCUAUCUCAAUAUGUUGAAUGGAACAGACGCGCAAAGUUUCGCCAAAGACGCAGAAUUAAACAGCCACCUGCACAGACACCGCGACUUAUCGGACUUCAAAAUGGGCAUCCAAGACACGAGGUUUUACUACCAGGACUCGAUUCCAAACGGCCAGGAGAGUCUGGCGUUGCCGUUUCACGCUGAGCACCACCAAAGUGCCGGAGCGCAAGCGGGAAGGUUUUACGCACCGGCUCCGCUCGGUAGUUGUCACUUCACCAGCCGGAGCGGGACGGGACAUACUUACGUUCCAGCCGGAGCCGAUGCGUAUUCUUCGGCCAACGGGAAAGACGUGUACCCGAGCAGCGCAGACGGCUACACGGCGUCUUUUCAGCACGGGUUCUCGCGAGCACCCAUGUACUCUUUACCUGGUCUACAGGUGUCCGGGAAGACACAAGUGCUUCUCAACAACUACCCGCUGUGGGCAAAGUUUCACAAGUAUCAAACAGAGAUGAUUAUCACGAAACAAGGACGGAGGAUGUUUCCUUUCCUCAGCUUUAACAUCACCUCUCUGGAUCCCUCGGCUCAUUAUAACAUAUAUGUGGAUGUGGUUCUGGCUGACCAGCAUCACUGGAGGUACCAGGGAGGAAAAUGGGUCCAAUGCGGCAAAGCUGAAGGCAACAUGCCAGGAAACCGAAUGUAUAUGCACCCAGACUCUCCCAACACUGGCACUCACUGGAUGAGACAGGAAGUUUCCUUUGGCAAACUGAAGCUUACAAAUAACAAAGGAAGCUCUAACAACGUAGCACAGAUGAUCGUCUUGCAGUCGCUCCAUAAAUACCAACCACGUCUUCACAUCGUGGAGGUGAAGGAGGAUGGAACAGAGGAUCCUUUCCUGACCUCUAAAACGCAGACAUUUGUCUUUCCUGAGACUCAAUUCAUUGCGGUGACGGCCUACCAGAAUGCAGACAUCACUCAGCUGAAAAUAGAUCAUAACCCUUUUGCUAAAGGUUUCCGGGACAAUUAUGACACGCUGUAUGCACCUCCUGAUCCGGACCGUCUCACACCUUCCCCAACCGAGAGCCAGCAGCUUUUUUCAGGCAGCUGUUACCCUCACCAACCAUACCUCUCCGAUCAAUACAUGAGCUCCCUUCCUCAAAGUCGCUUCUACAGCCGAGAGCCCGUCAGCAUGACCCAACCAUGCCCCAAAGACCCCACCUCCAGCCCUCACAGCCGCUGGUACCUGUCCAGCCAACAGGCGGUGCCACCAAACCGCCUUGACUUCAGCGCAUACGAGACUGAAUACACUUCCAACAACCUGUACAAGCCCUUCCCACUUCAGUCGUCCCCUCACCACCCACUGAGCUACUACUCCGAGAGUCCCUUCACCUCCGGAGCGGCUUCCAGUGCCAAUCCAGGAGCAUGGACGGCCUCAGGACGGCCCUCGCCACAAUACCUCAACCACCCACACCACAGCAAACCCACAUCCAGUCUCAGCUGGUUCCGAGCAGUCCCGUCCCCAGCUGCAUCUUCCUCUCCCACAGCCACAAACUCACGCUUUCACGCCUCGCCGUCACUCCUGGAGCCACAACGUCAGCCACUUCUCCAGGACAAGUCCACAGAGUCCACGGAGGACACCUGGAUUGAAGCCCCCUCGGUUAAAUCGGUGGACUCUGCUGACUCGGGUUUGUUUGAGGGAGGAGAGAGCAAGAAGAGGCGUGUGUCGCCUUACACGUCCAGCACAGAAAAUUCCCCACCCAACCGCAGCGCAGAAACUUGCGAAAAGGACAAUUGCAGUGACGCGGGCUACUAUGGCUUGUACACCCACUGAGUCUGCACUCCUGCUCGUCUUCCACCCACUGUCUGUCUACACGACCCGAGACGCAGGGAUCAAGCUCUCUGUGAUAGUAGCCACAGCGUCAGGCGGCCCCUCUCUGUGUUUUGUGUUCCCCGUGUUAGAUGUUUGGGGGUCGUGUGGAGGUGUUCUGAAGGUCACUGUCACACAAAAGAUGAAGACGAUGUGACUGCACUGAGACACUGGCCUGGAGACACGCAGACAGACAGACCUGUGUGACUUUAGCAGAUGAAGACUUCACAGCACACCUGCUGACACUCCCCCAAAGGAACUGUCUCUGUCCUCCUCAUCAGCCACAGACGUAAAAAAAAAAACACCCAAGCGCCACAAACACGCUCCAACAAACAAUCACCUGUUUUUGUCACACUCAGCGCUCCUUAAAAAAAGUGAAAGUUUUUCAUUUACUCACCCUCAUGUCAUUUGAAAUGCAUUUAUCUUUCAGUUUUUUCUAUGCAAGUCAAAGGAAACGUUAAAAUAAAAGGCUUCAAGUUGCAAGGAUAUAAAUGCAGUUCAUAGAACUGAUAAGAAGCAGACUUGAAAUCUAAAGCACAUCUGCUAACCACCAACUGAGUAUUUAAGUCUGACUUACACAACAUGUGAUUCUGUAGACCUGCAAGUAUUCAAUUCAACCACUGUUAGUUGCUCCAAAACACUUGUUCUUUCUGUAAUAUAUUCUUCCUUGAUACAUAUUGCUUAAGACAGAAACGCAUACGUUUAGCGCUGUAAUACAUCUGAAUGUGAGCCUACAUUACCGCACACCAUUUGUGUGUCUAGCCAAUACCAAAAUGCACCCCUACAGGGAGCACAAUCAAUAAGCACAUUAAAGCCAAGCCACUCAGACAACACAUGCUAGAAAUAAAAUAGCCAUGAUGUCUAACAGACCAUGUAUCUAUGCACCAGCUGGGAUUCCAUCUUUUAAUAGAUAGACAUAAUAUGUUUGAUAGAAUGCAUGCCAAAUU